UAGGCAGAACAAAGCGCAGUCCUCAGGGCAUUUCUGUGCACCAGUUGGUAUAACCAGUGAGCUGGAGAAAAUCAGAAGUGUAGGUUUAAGAAGCCAGGUGGGGACAUGCAUGGAGGAGUAAGGAGUGACCAGCUGCUAGUGGCCUGAACACAGUGAAGAGCAAGCAUUGGCCACUUGGUUAGCAACACACAGGUCAUGGACUUUGACAAGAGCAGAUGUUUUUUGAUCAUCCUGAGAAAAAUGAGCCUUGGCCUCUAGGCCCAAUAAAGCAAGUUUCCCUCCCAUGGAGCACAGUGAUAGUUCCUGAGGACCUGGAGGGAGAUUAGCCAGAAGCAGAUAUGUGCUGAGGACUGGGGCUUCAGAAAUGAAGCCAGGAGUUCUUAGGAGUGAGGUCAGGCAUGAACAGCAAACAUUACGAAGCACUGGUUGCCAGCAGCAGGGAGUAGGGAUAGUGCUAAAGGGGAGGUGAUCUCCACCAACCUGCAGAAGCAGAAAGAUAAUGCUGUCGGAGCUAACAGGCAGAUGGACCAGGGGAGAGAACGCAGCCGGGCACAUACCUGGAGGCUGAAGAAACACAUCUGGAUUUUUCCAUAUCUCAACCAUAGUGUUAUGGUAAAACUCAAGGGAGAGUCCAGGUGGAGGGCCACCUGGUGGCAGGCCCUCCUCCCAUGCUGCUUCCCCUCUCCUCUGGUUCUCCUUCAGCUGUCCUGUGGCCAUGCUUGUUUUCCUGCUAAGAACGAAGUGGCUUCCCUGAACACAUCUUCAUUAUGAUUCAUACCAACCUGAAGAAAAAAUUCAGCUGCUGUGUCCUGGCUUUUCUCCUAUUUGCAGUCAUCUGUGUAUGGAAGGAAAAGAAGAAAGGGAGUUACUAUAAUUCCUCUAAAUUUCAAGCCAAGGGAUUGCAGGCAUUAAAGUGUCUGGAGAAACCGGCCGCAGGGUCCGAGUCCCAGUCUGCAUCCUUGAGCAGCACCCAGGACCCCCACAGAGGCAGCCAGGCCCCCAGCAGCCUCAGGGGCCCAGCCAAGGCUAAAAGAGAGGCCUCCUUCCAGGUGUGGAACAAGGACAGCUCUUCCAAAAACCUUAUCCCCAGGCUGCAGAAGAUCUGGAAGAACUAUCUCAACAUGAACAAGUACAAAGUGUCCUAUAAGGGGCCUGGGCCAGGUGUCAAGUUCAGUGCGGAGGCCCUGCGCUGUCACCUCCGGGACCACGUGAAUGUGUCCAUGGUGGAGGCCACAGAUUUUCCCUUCAACACCUCCCUGUGGGAGGGUUACCUGCCCAAGGAGAACAUUAGGACCAAGGCUGGGCCUUGGGGCAGGUGCGCUGUUGUCUCUUCAGCGGGAUCUCUGAAGUCCUCCCAGCUGGGCCAAGAAAUAGAUAGUCAUGAUGCAGUCCUGAGGUUUAAUGGGGCACCCACGGCCAACUUCCAACAAGAUGUGGGCACAAAAACUACCAUUCGCCUGAUGAACUCUCAGUUGGUCACCACAGAAAAGCGCUUCCUCAAAGACAGUUUGUACAAUGAAGGCAUCCUGAUUGUGUGGGACCCAUCUGUGUACCAUUCAGAUAUCCCAAAGUGGUAUCAGAAUCCGGACUAUAAUUUCUUUAGUAACUACAAAAGCUAUCGUAAGCUGCACCCCAAUCAGCCCUUUUACAUCCUCAAGCCCCAGAUGCCCUGGGAGCUAUGGGACAUCCUCCAAGAAAUCUCCCCAGAAAAGAUUCAGCCAAACCCACCAUCUUCUGGGAUGCUCGGUAUCAUCAUCAUGAUGACACUCUGUGAUCAGGUGGAUAUUUAUGAGUUCCUCCCAUCCAAGCGCAAGACCGAUGUGUGCUACUACUACCAGAAGUUCUUUGACAGUGCCUGUACGAUGGGUGCCUAUCAUCCACUGCUCUUUGAGAAGAAUUUGGUGAAGCAUCUUAAUGAGGGCACAGACGAGGACAUUUAUCUGCUUGGAAAAGCCACACUGCCAGGGUUCAGAACCAUCCACUGCUGAACACGGCCCCCAACCAGGCCUCUCACUCUUCUCCAUCAGGCGUCUUAUGGCUGAUCUCUCAGAUAUUCCAUCCUUGGAAGACUGUUUUCCCAAACAAUGCCAGCCUGCUCCUGGCACUCUGUGGGCUCAUGUCAGCAAGAGCUCUGGGGCUGCAGGAGCCUGAAGGCAAGGAACCAGACUCAGCCUUCCCUAAAGCCACAGAAAAUGUAUGAGCCCAGAGACCCUUCCACACCCAUGUGCACACCCUCAGCGUUCUUUCCAGACAGCAUUCUCCCCACCUUCCCCACAGACAGACAGAGCAUCCACCUUUCUCACCAGGGCUACCAAUGCUGGGCUUGGUUUUUCCCAACUGAAUGUUGUCAUUUUCACAAACUGAGGCUCUAUAUUGUGUGAAAUCUGUACAUAGAUAUUGAUAUGCAUAUCAUGUUAUAAAGAAACUCUCCCAGAUGAUGAUCAUGCCUCAUGCAAGUUAGUGUACAGGACAUUGCAAACAGGCUCCAUCCUUCUAGAAUAAAGCUGCUGUCAAGGUCCCUGCUCCUGGGACAUGUUCCUAUCACUGAGGCUGGUUGGGCUGGUUCUUAGCCUGGAUGCUUAUGAGUAGGGGGUCUUGAUUAGCCCACCUUCUCUCUCCAUGUAGAGAUGAAAGGUACAGAAAGAUAGUCUCUGUCUUCAAGUUCAGUAGGAGAGGCAAACAUCUACACAGGUAGUUGGGAUUCAAAGUGCUUAGUUCCUGGGGGCUUGUAGAGAGGAGGUUUGUUGUCCAUAAACCCUAAAGGGUUUGUAGGAGGCUUCACAGAGCUGGGGCCCGUGGAGCGGUCUCAGAGGAAAAGGAGAAACACGGCAAGCAGAUUUUGUCUGAGCCAUUAGAGUCAUGUUUUUCUUUCUUCCCCUAUUCUCAAAAACUUACUUGAACUUAGAGGCACAAGAUACUUUUGAUGAAGCCCCUACCUAAUUCUGAGGUGGUCAGUGCAGCCCCAUAGCCAGAUUCCCCAACCCUGAUUUCUCAGGUGUGGCCUAGGCUGACCCUGUUCUACCAGCUGGGUUUGCAGUGCACUCAGCUCUCCUUAAUGCCUAACUCAGAAUCUCCUUACCACCAUCUUUUUCCUCCUUUUUUAAAGUUUUAAAGUGUUCUUCCCCUCCCAAAUAACUUUUAGGCAUUUUCUGCUCUAAAAGUAUCCUGACUCCAAUUUCUCUGACCUCUUGGGCCUUCUAUGGAAGGUCUCUCGCGGACGUGGGAGUGUGGCUGCUCAGGAUUUACGUCACUCUGAGAGGUCAGAACCUUGGAGGUGGUAACAGAGUCUCGCCAGGAGUGAGGUAAGUGAUACCAGAUUUUCAUGCUCUCUAUCUCUUCCCUGCAGGGAGACAGCAUCAGAGUCUCCAGGUGGAGGUGGGCCCACUGUGGUUUGCCAACAUGCUCCCCAGAUGGCUUUGCUAAGACCCCUUUCCCUGGUAGGGAACUUCACCGGACCAAUCCACCAGUGUGGAGAGGUUAAAUGACUUGCUCAAGGUCACAGAGUAGUUCAGUAGAGCGAGGGAUCCUAGACCCAGGCCUCUGGGUUCAGGCUGGCCCCACAUGGCGAAGGGCAUCUAAUGUUUCAUCUCUACACCAACCGACCCGGAGCUGGGACACUCAUUUGCUGCCAAACCCUUGGCUUGUGUAGGCAGUAGAAAGAGCCAUGGAGUGAGAAGACCUAGGUUUUCAAGUUGAUGCCCCCCAAUUUGCUAGCUAUGUCACUUUGGGCAAAUUCUCUCCCCCGAGCCUCUAUGUCCACAUCUGUAAAAUGGGGUGAUAAUCCGACCUCACAGGGCUAUUGUGAGGGAUACAUGAAAGCACCUGUCUAGCUCUGCGCCUGGCACACAGUUGGUGCUCAGUACAUGCAGGAUUUCUUCCUUCCUUUAUUACAGACCUGCUUUGUGUUCACACCUGGGCUGGGCCCUGCUAUAAGGGAGGCGGGUGCAGAGGGUGGUCCUGUCCUUAGGGAGAAAAUAACUACCCCGCUGGAAACACCCAGAGGGGUGGGGAACCUGCAUCCUCACGGCCACAUGGGACCCUCAGAUCCCCAAGUGCAGCCCCUCUACUGAAUCCAUACUUCAUAGAACAAAUCCCUUCAUAAUGAGGCCACAAGUUCCCUACCCCCUAGCUUGGGAAUGGGCAGAGCGCCGGGCUGCUUAACCACUAUUUGGGACGAGCCGGCAAAUUCCUGGCUUGCUUCACGUCCUGAGUUGGUGCAGUCAUGAUCUUUGACUCAUGAACACUGAGGAGAGAGGGCAGUGGGAUUCAUGUUGAGACUAUACUGGGGAGAAUCUAGUUUAUUAUUAAUAUAAGCAAACACGUUAAUUGAAAACUGAUUCUGAAGUCUAGCUUUCUACAUGUGUAGAAAGUAGAAAACAGACACUUUGGUCAAAUGCAAAUAACAUGUGAGUAUUAUUGCUGGUCUGGUGAGAUGUUUAGUAUUUGUGACAGGUAAUUUAUAAGUGACAGCUGAAUGCUGCCUCCCUCUGGAGGGCGGUCCAUCUUCUUCAAUAGCCAUCUCCUUAUCCUGUGUCACUGGGUUCUUUCUGAUCCUUCCACCAAUCAAAUAAGCUAUUGCUGUUGGUUUUUGAGACAUUAGUCUCAGAAACUUCUGAAACAUGCUUAAGCUAAUUCUGAAUUAUUCAAAGAUUAAAAGUUUGAAAUAAAUGUAUUUUUUUUUAAACAUGCUUCCUCUCGUCUCACUUGCUAAGGGAAUGAUUGCUGAUUGCCAAUCUUACCUCCAAAGAGAACACAACUGUGUCCCUAAAUCCCUCAGUUCUCCUCUGCUAGCUGCUCUGGUCUUAGACUUUCUCUUCAGUGCUCCAGGAAAAGGAAUGCUUGCUUAUUUGGAAAGACAGCUUCUUUGAAAUACGGACUGCUUUAUUGAUUUUUCUUCCUUUUGCUCUUGCCUAGAUGCAAAUGACUAAGCUAUUGUUCAUCCAAUACAUCCAGAACAGAUACAGUGGAGUAGAAAGCAGAAUGGUUUCCAGAACUCUCAAGUUCUUAAAAGAAUGAUGUUCCACAAGACUAGCCAAAUGUCUGGCUAAAAAGUCUGAGGUGGAGCGUGAGUUAGGGGAGAGAGGAUGAUUCCUUUGCCCACCCUGUCCUUAUGCUAUAGUCACGUGCAGGCCUGGCUGCUCGCUCCUUGCAAAAGCCAGUAACAAGGAUGAGGUGUGAUGAGAGUCACUUUAUUCCAAAGCUGGCAGUGGGGAAGUGGCCAAGACUUCUGCCUCAGAGAAACCAUUCUGAAGUCUUGAACUGAUGAUGGGGGCUUCAAAACAGAAUUUGGUAGGCAGGGCAUGCAGGAAUGGCGAGGAAGUAUGCGGGUCAGAGUGGUUUGUCUCCGUGACCAGCUUGAAGUACUGUCCCCCCUGGUGAGUGGGCAGCAGGGCCAUCUUGGAAGCUGUUUGUAUAUAGAUUAACGGUGGCCAUGAGGUCAUUUCCUGGUGGGGAUCUGGAUUGUUUUGAGAUUCACUCUUUGGAAUUUCUAAACAAGCACAUAUGUUGGGGGGAAACUUGAGCAUGGGGAGUACGCUUGGUGGGAAGAAGGAGGGUAAGGGUCAGUACUUCCUCAUUAAGAGCAGAAGAAGGAAUGGGCAGGAAAAUGUCUAAAUGGGGCCCAGGAAACCAGGACACUGGUCACAGUGGGUUGAAUUGUGCCCAUCCAGAAAUCAUAGAUUGAAGUCCUAACACCUGCUACCUCAGAAUAUGACCUUAUUUGGAAAUAGAGACAUUGCUGAUGUUAGUUAAGAUGAGGUCAUGUGUACAGCUGGCUCCUGACCCCAUCUGACUGACUGGUGUCCGUAUAGAAAGGGGCAAUUGGGGGCAGACUAGCACAUGGGAGAAUGCCACGUGAUGUGAAGGCAGAGAUGCAGGGAGGCUUCUGCAAGCCUCCAGAGACACCAGCCCUCCAGCACCCAGGUAUCAGUUCUGGCUUCCAGAUCCGUGAGCGAGCCACGCAGUUUGAGGUGUUUUGCAGUUUGCGACCUUAGCAAUCUAAUCUAAUACCUUCCCCAGCCCCUUCUAUAACUCGCCAGCUAGGGCACAGUCCCCCGGGCCAGGGCUAGAAAGAGUGGUGAAGGGCACAUGGCUAUCUGGGCCUGGACAAAAUUUUUAAACUGAACACUAGUUAGGGAAAGUGUAAAUAAUUCUAUGUAGUUAUUUAUGUAGAUUGCUCCUCAAGGCCCGGGCCUGGACAGGAGCUUAUCUCCUAGCCAGGACCCCUAAGCAAAAUCAGCUACGACUGAGCACCACCUUUCCUGGGAAGCUUUCCCUGAUUUGGAGCCCAUCCCCCCAGAAAAGCUUCUGUAGGGCCCUCUUGGCCUUGCAUGUAUUAUAGUAAAGUAACCUGUCUAGCUCUUCACAGGAUUGUGAGACCCUCAAGACAGGGCUUGGGUCUAAGUUGUCUUUACUCCUAAUGUCUAUAGAAUAUGAUGAAUGAAAGUUUGUUAAACUGAACAGGAAAAUAACACCAUUGUAGAAACAAUGCUAACCUGUUUCGUAGGGUUCUAUUGUUAUCGGACAAAAUUUUUAACUGUGUUAAAGUUGUGACUUAGCAAACUGUGUAUUUCUCAUUGAAAAGAAAGAAUCAAUGGAAAACAUCUCAUCCCUAGAUAUUUCAUGUCCUGUGCCAUUAAGGAGCCCAAAGUAACACGCAUCAAUAAACCCAUUUUGUUUCCAACAAAGGCUCUUAUUCUCUCAGAACAGAGCAUCAGCUACAAAAUAGCUGCUAGCCCCCUUCCUCCUCCUAAAAUCUCAAGAGCAUCUUCCUUGUGGCCCAUCCUAAUGGGAAACAUACGGGACAGGGAAUUCUUGGGUAGUUCAUACCAGCCAAGUCAACACAAAUCCAUCACAUGUUCUUUCUGAUCUGGCUCCUUUUACUCAGCAUAAUUAUUUUAAGAUUCAUCCGUACUGUUGUGUGUACUAAUAGUUUAUUCCUUGUUAAUGCUAGGCAGUAUUCCAUUUUUGGAUAUACCACAUGUGUGUAAGUUAUCUCUGUUGAUGAACAUUUGGAUUGUUUCUAGUUUGGGGCUAUGAUAAAUAAAGCUGCUAUGACUAUUCAUAUACAAGUCUUUUGUUU